AUGUACGAAUGUGCGACCUGUACCGAUACCUUCUAUUAUGGGGACGAUUGCGAUGAGCAUAUGGAUGACUACGGUCAUUGGAUCGAGUGCGACAGUUGCAACAGCCGUUUUCGCAGUCAGAUAUCCUGCCACCAACAUAUGAAUGCACUGGGCCAUCAUGCUCCACAAUUUGAAUGUGAAACUUGCACCGGCCAAUUCUUCAGUCGGAACGCAGUCAACAAUCACAUGAAUUCCAUGGACCAUUGGGCAACCUAUUGUGUUCCCUGCGGUCGCGAGUUCAAGAACAGCAACAACCUACGCAUGGUGACUUUCCUUUCUAUUGCUGUUUUCGAGAAAAAUAACACUAAUAAGGAUGAAAAGCACCGGAAUUCGCGUACUCACCGUGGCACUGGAUUCAAUUGCCCCUUCUGCCAAACUGCAUUUGUGACAGCCAGUGGCGCCUCCCACCACGUUGAGACUGGGUCUUGCCCCAACGCUCCCAAUCUGAACCGCGAGUCUCUUCUCAAAAUCGUUCAGGCUUCUGACCACCAAGGCUUGAUCACCAACAAGCAGAUCGGUUGGCAGGUUGAAGAGCAUAUGGAGUACAUCGUGACCGACCGCGCUCACAACGGCUACAAUUGGGAAUGCUACAUCUGCCAUCGCGAGUUCAAUACAUCCAAAGCUUUGAACCAGCAUAUCAACUCGCCAGUUCAUAAGCAAAAGGCUUACCACUGUCCUAAUGGCAACUGUCCAAAGGAGUUUAUCUCGCUGGCUGGGCUGUUCUCACACCUCGAAAGUGAGUCUUGUGCGUUUAUGCGAUUCGAGCGUGUACAACAGGUGCAAGUGUCAGUGAAUGAUGCGAUCAGAAACCGCAGGCAGAUUGCCUUUUGA